AGCGAUUGAUGGCGUAAUAAAACUAAAACAACGCAUGCAACGAGUUAGCCUGCUGAACUUUGAUAGCUUGCAAACGAAAUUACCAUCCCGAAUUUAGAAACAACGCUCGGUACUGUAAUAAUGUCGGUUUUGCUAUCUAUUCUGGCAGUAGGGAUUGCGUUGUAUUUGAUACUUUAUUACAAUGUGAUCAGAGGGUCAAGAUGCAUGAGCUCUGUGACACUAAAAGGGAAGACUGCUAUUGUAACAGGUUAGUUAGGCAACUUUUGUUGCCUUGCUAUGUGAUGGGGACUGUUUUAGUGUGCUCACGUUUCAAGUGCGUUCAUGCUGAAGACCUUUACAUUCAAAUGUGUUUUGUUGUUCCCUAGGAAGCAACACUGGUAUUGGAAAGGCUACUGCUUUGGAUUUGGCCAAGAGAGGUGCCAGGGUCAUCCUCGCCUGCCGCAGCAAACCGAAAGCUGAGGCUGCCGUCUAUGAUAUCAGAAGGGUAAGAGGGCCUUAUUUAGAAUAUAAAUAAUCUAAAUAUAAGGUUGUGGAGUCGGCAUCCCAAUACAUACUGAUCAGGGAUUUGUUUAACCUGUCUGAAAAUGUAUGGUGUUGGAAAUCCACUGUUUGAUUCCUCUGUUCUAUAGGACAGUGGAAGCAAUGAGGUAGUGUUCAUGCAGCUGGAUCUGGGGAGUCUGAAGUCUGUUCGCUCCUUUGCUGAAACCUUCCUGAAGACUGAGCCCAGAUUGGACCUGCUCAUUAACAAUGCAGGUAUGGCGGAGAGAGAGAGAGGGAAAGUAAACAAAUACAAUUAUACACUAAUUUGAAGACAGAAAUACUUGGCCAUCAUGUGUUGCCUAACUCCCUGUCUCUGGUCUCACUGUCUGUCACCUUGUUUGCCUAGUCACUUUUACCACUACCUACAUGUACAUACUGUAUUACCUCAAGCCCCUGCACAUUGACACAGUACUGGUACUCUUUGUAAAUAGCCUCGUUAUUGUUAUUUUGUGUUACUAUUUCAUAUAUACACUACCUGUAAAGGGUUUGGAAACAAUUACUCAUUCAAGGGUUUUUCUUUAUUUUUACUAUUUUUUACAUUGUAGAAUAAUAGUGAAGACAUCUCAACUAUGAAAUAACACACAUGGAAUCAUGUAGUAACCAAAAAAGUUUUAAAGAAAUCCAAAUAUAUUUGAGAUUCUUCAAAUAGCCAACCUUUGCCUUGAUGACAGCUUUGCACACUCUUGGCAUUCUCUCAACCAGCUUCAUGAGGUGGUCACCUGGAAUGCAUUUCAAUUAACAGGUGUGCCUUCUUAAAAGUUAAUUUGUGGAAUACUUAAUGCAUUUGAGGCAAUCAGUUGUGUUGUGACAAGGUAGGGGGGUAUACAGAAGAUAGCCCUAUUUGGUAAAAGACCAAGUCCAUAUUAUGGCAAGAACAGCUCAAAUAAGCAAAGAGAAACGACAGUCCAUCAUUACUGACAUGAAGGUCAGUCAAUAUGGAACAUUUCAAGAACUUUGAACGUUUCUUCAAGUGCAAUCGCAAUCACCAUCAAGCACUAUGAUGAAACUGGCUCUCAUGACGACCGCCACAGGAAUGGAAGACCCAGAGUUACCUCUGCUGCAGAGGAUAAGUUCAUUAGAGUUACCAGCCUCAGAAAUUGCACGCCAAAUAAAUCCUUCACAGAGUUCAAGUCACAGACACAUCUCAACAUCAACUGUUCAGAGGAGACUGUGUGAAUCAGGCCUUCAUGGUCGAAUUGCUGCAAAGAAACCACUACUAAAGGACACCAAUAAGAAGAAGAGACUUGCUUGGGCCAAGAAACACGAGCAAUGGACAUUAGACCGGUGGAAAUUUGUCCUUUGGUCUGGAGUCCAAAUUGAAGAUUUUUGGUUCCAAUUGCCGUGUCUUUGUGAGACGCGGUGUGGGUGAACAGAUGAUCUCCGCAUGUGUAGUUUCCACCGUAAAGCUUGGAGGUGUUAUGGUGUGGGGGUGCUUUGCUGCUGUCUGUGAUUUAUUUAGAAUUAAAGGCACACUUAACCAGCAUGGCUACCACAGAAUUCUGCAGCGACUAUGUCAUCGCAUCUGGUUUGGGCUUAGGGGGACUAUCAUUUGUUUUUCAACAGGACAAUGACCCAACUCCCCUCCAGGCUAUGUAAGGGCUAUUUUACCAAGAAGGAGAGUGAUGGAGUGCUGCAUCAGAUGACCUGGCCUCCACAAUCCCCCGACCUCAACCCAAUUGAGAUGGUUUGGGAAGAGUCGGACCGCGGAGUGAAGGAAAAGCAGCCAACAAGUGCUCAGCAUAUGUGGGAACUCCUUCAAGACUGUAUAUUUUGAUUUGUUUAACACUUUUUUGGUUACUACAUGAUUCCAUAUGUGUUAUUUCAUAGUUUUGAUGUCUUCACUAUUAUUCUACAAUGUAGAAAAUAGUUUUAUUUUUUAUUUUUAUUGAAUGAGUAGGUGUUCUAGAACUUUGGACCGGUAGUGUGUGUGUGUAUGUAUGUGUAUAUAUAUGAUAUAUAUAUAUACAUACACACACACACACAGUGGGGAGAACAAGUAUUUGAUACACUGCAGAUUUUGCAGGUUUUCCUACUUACAAAGCAUGUAGAGGUCUGUAAUUUUUAUCAUAGGUACACUUCAACUGUGAGAGACGGAAUCUAAAACAAAAAUCCAGAAAAUCACAUUGUAUGAUUUUUAAGUAAUUAAUUUGCAUUUUAUUGCAUGACAUAAGUAUUUGAUACAUCAGAAAAGCAGAACUUAAUAUUUGGUACAGAAACCUUUCUUUGCAAUUACAGAGAUCAUAUGUUUCCUGUAGGUCUUGACCAGGUUUGGCCACAUUGCAUACAGACCUUCUCCAGAUCCUUCAGGUUUCGGGGCUGUCGCUGGGCAAUACGGACUUUCAGCUCCCUCCAAAGAUUUUCUAUUGGGUUCAGGUCUGGAGACUGGCUAGGCCACUCCAGGACCUUGAGAUGCUUCUUACGGAGCCACUCCUUAGUUGCCCUGGCUGUGUGUUUCGGGUUGUUGUCAUGCUGGAAGACCCAGCCACGACCCAUCUUCAAUGCUCUUACUGAGGGAAGGAGGUUGGUAGCCAAGAUCUCGCGAUACAUGGCCCCAUCCAUCCUCCCCUCAAUACGGUGCAGUCGUCCUGUCCCCUUUGCAGAAAAGCAUCCCCAAAGAAUGAUGUUUCCACCUCCAUGCUUCACGGUUGGGAUGGUGUUCUUGGGGUUGUACUCAUCCUUCUUCUUCCUCCAAACACGGCGAGUGGAGUUUAGACCAAAAAGCUCUAUUUUUGUCUCAUCAGACCACAUGACUUUCUCCCAUUCCUCCUCUGGAUCAUCCAGAUGGUCAUUGGCAAACUUCAGACGGGCCUGGACAUGCGCUGGCUUGAGCAGGGGGACCUUGCGUGUGCUGCAGGAUUUUUAAUCCAUGACGGCGUAGUGUGUUACUAAUGGUUUUCUUUGAGACUGUGGUCCCAGCUCUCUUCAGGUCAUUGACCAGGUCCUGCCGUGUAGUUCUGGGCUGAUCCCUCACCUUCCUCAUGAUCAUUGAUGCCCCACAAGGUGAGAUCUUGCAUGGAACGCCAGACCGAGGGUGAUUGACCGUCAUCUUGAACUUCUUCCAUUUUCUAAUAAUUGCGCCAACAGUUGUUGCCUUCUCACCAAGCUGCUUGCCUGUUGUCCUGUAGCCCAUCCCAGCCUUGUGCAGGUCUACAAUUUUAUCCCUGAUGUCCUUACACAGCUCUCUGGUCUUGGCCAUUGUGGAGAGGUUGGAGUCUGUUUGAUUGAGUGUGUGGACAGGUGUUUUUAUACAGGUAACGAGUUCAAACAGGUGCAGUUAAUACAGGUAAUGAGUGGAGAACAGGAGGGCUUCUUAAAGAAAAACUAACAGGUCUGUGAGAGCCGGAAUUCUUACUGGUUGGUAGGUGAUCAAAUACUUAUGUCAUGCAAUAAAACGCAAAUGAAUUACUUAAAAAUCAUACAAUGUGAUUUUCUGGAUUUUUGUUUUACAUUCUGUCUCUCACAGUUGAAGUGUAUGAUAAAAAUUACAGACCUCUACAUGCUUUGUAAGUAGGAAAACCUGCAAAAUCGUCAGUGUAUCAAAUACUUGUUCUCCCCACUGUGUGUGUGUGUAUGUAUAUGUGUGUAUAUAUAUAUAUAUAUAUAUUUGUUUGUUGUUGUACUUUUACCCCUUUUUCGUGAUAUCCAAUUGGUAGUUACAGUCUUGUCCCAUCGCUGCAACUCCCCUAUGGACUCGGAAGAGGCGAAGGUCGAGAGCCAUGCGUCUUCCGUAACACGACCCUGUGAAGCCGCACUGCUUCUUGACACACUGCUCGCUUAACCUGGAAGCCAGCCAGGAAACACAGUCCAGCUGGCGACCGAAGUCAGCUUGCAGGCGCCUGGCCUGCCACAAGGAGUCGCUAGAGCGCGAUGGGACAAGGAAAUCCCGGCCGGCCAAACCCUCCCCUAUCCCGGACGAUGCUGGGACAAUUGUGCGCUGCCUCAUGGGUCUCCCGGUCACAGCCGGCUGUGACACAGCCUGGGAUCGAACCCGGCUCUGUAGUGACGCCUCAAGCACUGCGAUGCAGUGCCUUAGACCGCUGCGCCACUCGGGAGGCCCUACUAUUUCCUUUUUUAUUUAGAAAAUGUUUUUCUUACUUUUUAGCUCUGCAUUGUUGGGAAUGGGCUCGUAAGUAAGCAUUUCACAGUAAACUCUACGUCUGUUGUAUUCGGCGCGUGUGACCAAUAACAUUUCAUUUGAUUUGUUUCAGGAAUGCUGGGGCCUGGCCACACUGAGGAUGGGUUCGGCAUGGCGUUUGGGGUCAACCACUUAGGUCACUUCCUGUUGACCUGCUUGCUGCUGGACCGGCUAAAGGAGUGUGGUCCGAGUCGUGUUGUCAACGUGUCGGCUUACCUACACCGGCUAGGCUCUGUGGACUUUGCUCUCCUGGGUACCCACAAGGAUCUGGUGCCAGGCCAGUCCACCUGGCAUAACUUCAGGGCCUACUGCCACAGCAAGCUGUGCAACGUGCUCUUCACCCGGGAGCUGGCCAACCGCCUGGAGGGGACAAGCGUCACCACCUACAGCCUCCACCCAGGUCAGUAACUCUCCACCUACAACCUCCACCCAGGUCAGUAGCUCUGGCUUGAGAACCUAGAAGGGAUUCUUCUUACUUUGUUUUACAUUUGAGCUUUUCUAUUAUCUAUAUACAGGCUGUAUGAUGGUUAGUAUGUGUCAAGUGUGUAUUGUAUAGUGUUUAUUUUCUAUACAGCAGUACUGUGUUUGCAAAACAUUGCAGACAAUGUGGUUUAUUCUAUUCCAUCCCAUACUAAACUACAAUUUCUCUCGUGUCCUUUAGGAGUCAUUCACACUGAGUUUGGUCGCAACCUGAAACUAUGGCUGAGGCUCUUUCUAGAGCCCAUCACUAAGCUCUUCUUCAUGGAUACUGAGAGGGGAGCCCAGACCACCCUGCACUGUGCCCUCCAAGAGGGUAUCGAGCCGCUGAGUGGACGCUACUUCUCUUCCUGUGCACUACAGGAGGUAGGUGCCAAGGGGCGGGACGAUGCUUUGGCCAGGAAGCUGUGGGAGGUGAGUGAGAGGCUAUCCGACCUGUCCUGAAAGAGUCUGAUUCUAGCCACGGCAAAGAUUUUGGAAUAUACUGACAAGAUAUUGGACUCUCCACUCUAACAAUGGGAAUCAAUGUCCGUGAAACCGAAUGCAGGCGGGAGGAGGUGGGAGCAGGUCUCUCUCUCUCUCUCUC